AAUAGUCCGGCAUUAUAUUGCGGAGCCACUCUUUGAUGGAUGCCUCAGUCUUAUCCCUUCUUCCCUCCGUUCCACGGGAGGAGAGCACGAGAGAUAUGGCGCAUGGAGCAGUGACCGGAACUCUUCCAAUUCCGUACUGUUCUACUGCUCAUCGAAGCGCUUCUCCUUUCCUGGGAAGCGAUCCUGGCUCGGCUUUUCGUCUCUGGACGGUGGCUAAUGGCCGGCGUUUGGCCAGAAAAUGGCCGGCUUCUUUCACGACGAGAGCAUCGGUUUCAACCACAAAGGAGGCCGUGCUCAGAGAUUUUCGUGAUAAAAAAGCGUUAAAGAUCAUCUCAGGACUUCGAAAUUUUGACAAAGACAGUGUUGCAUCUGUUGUUAUCGCUGCAGAGAAGGGAGGUGCUACUCAUGUUGAUAUUGCUUGUGAUCCGGAGUUAGUAAAGCUGGCUUUGAACUUAACCUCUCUUCCGAUUUGUGUCUCUUCAGUAGAUCCCAUGGCAUUCCCCACUGCAGUGGAAGCGGGUGCUCAAAUGGUGGAAAUUGGAAAUUAUGAUUCCUUCUAUGAGAUGGGUAUCCAAUUUUCUUCAGACCAGAUACUAAAGCUAACUCAGGAAACGAAGAAGAUUCUUCCAUCUAUCACACUUUCUGUAACUGUGCCUCACACCCUAAGUCUCCCUGAUCAGGUGAAGUUGGCAGAGCUACUAGAACAGGAAGGUGCCGAUAUCAUUCAAACUGAAGGGGGGAAAUGCUCCAAUCCUUCGAAACCUGGCAUUCUUGGCUUGAUUGAGAAGGCAGCACCAACACUGGCAGCUGCAUAUUCUAUCUCACGAGCAGUCAAAAUUCCGGUUAUGUGUUCAUCUGGACUAAGCGCAGUUACAGCACCAAUGGCCAUAACAGCAGGAGCAGCUGGCGUGGGUGUUGGUUCAGCUGUGAAUAAACUCAAUGAUGUGAUUGCAAUGAUCGCAGAGGUCAAAAACAUAGCUGACUCAUUAGGUCUAUCAACCAGAUGUGUGUCUGAAGAAUUUAGAAUUGUCCAGUCUUAGCUCCAUUACUGUAUCUUGGAACAUGUACACCUAUAAAUUUAUAUCCAUAAAAUGUAACUAAUCCGCAAUUCUGGUGGUUUGCAUUCAGCUAUUAUAUCAGUUGCUUUAACAGUUCUUUCA